AUGGAAUCUAAUGGGCCAAGUAAACAAACAUUAGCUCACUUUCUGGAUAACAAGAACUUUCCAACUGCCAAAAGAAGUCUUCGCAAAAGAAGAGUUAUAAGUGCUCCUAUUGAGAAAAGAGAAGAAGAUCUUAUUAUUGUGAAUGGUGAAGUAGUGGUUAAUGAUGGGGCUGAAAGAGAGAUCUUAGAAGAAGACCGUGUAACUUCAUUCUCUUAUGGCAAGGCUUAUACUAAACGAGGUAAAUGGAGUAAAGAAGAAACUCUACUCUUUUAUCAGGCCUUAUCUUUAUGUGGUACUGAUUUUACCCUUUUAGGAAAGAUCUUUACUGAUAAGGAAAGAAGACAACUCAAGAACAAGUUCUCAAAGGAAGAGAAAGAGUCACCCGAGAAGAUAACCUUUGCCCUAGCUAAUUCUAAGCCCUUCACCAAAGAAGAGUUAGUGAAGUUAACUGAUGAAUAUAGUGCCAUUAGAAAUAAGUUAUAA